AUGACAGUCGCUAAUACCUGGCUAAUUUGUUUAGUCAGUGUUUUUUCAUUCAUACUACGUGUAGAGGCUUCUACUUUCUGUAAUGCUACUCAGGCAUGUCCUGAAGAUAAACCAUGUUGUUCACAAUACGGUCAAUGUGGUACUGGUCAAUAUUGUUUGAAUAACUGUGAUGUAAGAUAUUCGUUUAGCCAUGAUUCAUGUAUGCCAAUACCUGUCUGUAAAAGCUCAUCCACUAAAUUCAAAGAUUACUCUUCUAAGUUAGGAAAUGCCGAUAUUUUCUUAGGUAAUGUUAGUGAGGCUGAUUGGUUGUAUACUGGUGCCGUUUUAGAUUACGAUGAUGAAGAGAGUUUAAUUUUGGCGAUGCCCAAAAACAGCGGUGGUACCGUCCUUUCCUCCACAAGAGCUGUUUGGUAUGGUAAAGUUAGUGCUAAAAUAAAGACUUCACAUCUCGGUGGUGUUGUCACUGGGUUCAUUUUGUAUUCCGGUGCUGGUGAUGAAAUCGAUUACGAAUUUGUUGGUGCCGAUCUUGAAACCGCUCAAACUAAUUUCUAUUGGGAAAGUGUUUUGAACUACACGAAUUCUGUCAAUAUUUCUACCACUGAUACAUUUGAGAACUACCAUACUUACGAAUUAGAUUGGCAUGAAGAUUAUGUGACAUGGUCCAUUGAUGGCGUCGUCGGUAGAACAUUAUACAAGAACCAAACUUAUAAUGCUACCACUAAGAGUUAUCAAUAUCCACAAACUCCAUCUAAAGUGGAUAUUUCUAUUUGGCCAGGUGGUAAUUCUACCAACGCACCAGGUACUAUCGCAUGGUCUGGUGGUGAGAUCGAUUGGAAUGCAGCAGACAUCAAUGAUCCGGGCUAUUAUUAUGCCAUUAUCAAUGAAAUCAAUAUUACCUGUUAUGAUCCCCCAAGUACUGCGAAAAAGAACGGUACUUCUGCCUACGUCUAUACUUCGUCCAAUGAGUUUUUGGCAAAAGAUAUUGCUAUCACCGAUGACGAGGUUAUGAUGGACACCGAUGAGGGAUCUGGUUUGGACCCACAUAAGGGAGCCACCACAUCCUCUACCCAAAAAACGUCAUCUUCAACAUCAACCUCUUCCUCCAAAACCUCUUCUGAUCACAGUACUUCAACAAAGAAGAACAGCAAAAGUAGUUCUACCGCGUCGUCCUCAUCCUCAUCCUCAUCAUCUUCUGGUACUACAAAGAACGGAGAUAAAGCUGUUUCCACUACAUCCACCUCUGCAACUUCUCACAUUAAAACCGCAUCUUCCGAAAGCGGAAGUGUCUCCAGCAGUGCAAGCGCCUCCAGCAGUUCAAGCUCGAUGAGCGGGAAUAACAUGGGUGCUAACGCUAUUGCAAACUGGCGUUUGACCGCUUUAUGUUUUAUUCUAGGUUACAUCUUAUAG